GCCAGAACUAACACCAUAAUUUGACCAUAAUUUUGGACAACCAAGCACAAGCUUGGUAAUCUUUCAAUCUGGACAACUUUGUCAAAAUGUAUCACUGUGGAAUGAAACAGAUGGAAGAAAGGCAUGUGGCAAACCAAGUAGAUUUGAUGGUAUGGAGCAACAGGUUAGACCUGCUGGCACUAAGUAAUUAUAAAGGUGAAAUCCAGAUUCAUAGACUUCAUUGGCAGAAAGUAUGGAACCUAUCACCUCCAAGAGAGAAUGUAACAGUUCGUUGCAUGGCAUGGAGGCCAGACGGCAAGGCUUUAUCAAUUGGUUACAGUUGUGGUAGUGUAUUUAUAAUAGAUAUAGAAGAUAAGGAAGUCUUAGAUAAAUAUGAACUAGAACAUGAAGCUUUAGAAGAGUUUGAUGAAAGCAAACAUUAUGGUAUAACGUGCAUUGCUUGGGCUGCAAGAGUUGGUGCUUUGGAAAGUGCUACAGAGUAUAACUUCUAUGACGAUGCUUCAAUAUUUUUACAAAAACCACCUUCUACCAGUUCUAAUUUUAAAAAUCAGGGUACAGAAGAUAAUGUGAAGUUCUGCAAAGAAAUUCAAGAGCCCACUCAGUUAAAUAUGUUACUGAUUGGCUAUGGAUCCGGUUCAAUAUAUAUGAGUAUUUUUGGCAGAUAUCAUUAUGGCACUAUUUGUCUAGCACAGGUGACUAAAGAUGAGUGUGGAGAAUACAGCAUAGUUGAUAUAAAUUUGUCUGAUGAUUUCAGUGUUAUGCAAGUUGUUUACUUAGACAGAGUCACAAAACAUAUAUUUUUAUCAUUAAUUAAUACAAGUGUAUUAUCAGCUUAUGCUGAAGAAAUAUUUGUAGUGGCUAACAGACAUGGUCAAAUAAUGCAAUUGAUCACAUACUUAGAUCAAACUAUGACAUCAAUAACUGAAGCAUGGGAACAUAUACUUUUAGAAAUGGAUACAAAAAUGGCUUAUUAUGCUACAUUUGUACCUGAAGGGGGAGUAUCUGCUGAUUUGUUAGAACUCUUAAUGUUAGGAGUUCCCUCAGAUGAACUGGAAAUAUUUUUAUUGCAAGAAUUAACAGCGAAGGGUCUUAAAAAAUUUGGAAGCUCAGUAGAGUUGAGCUACUCAACUAUACAAAAACUGGUGUUGAGACAAUUAAAUAUUGUAGGACAGCACCUUACAUAUUUUCUUUCUGAAUUAAGAGGCCUAACCAGGAUACCGGACAGAUAUAAGAUUUUAGGUCUUGAAGAAACUACUGUUACAGAAGCAAUAAGAGCAUGUUGUGCAUUUUUAAAUAAAAGCUUAGAAUUACAACAAGUUAUUGAUGUCUCAAUGCGUAACUACAAAGCUUUUUUUAGAUGGCUCUUUGUUGUCAUAGUUCGAUUACUAGAUGAACAAACACCUAGCGAGAUUGUCAAAAUAAACCAACAAGAACUUGGACAUAUUGCAGAAUUUUUAUACAACUUUGACAAUGUUCAAGGUGAAAACCACGUCGGUACACCAGAUAAACCUGUAAAAUUCAAUUUGGAAAGGUUAGGACAAUACUUGCAAGAUCAAGAGCUCACGAAAAUACCAGAUGAUGAUGACAGCCCCUGGCAAAAAUUUCUUAAAGAUAAUUCUUGUCUUUUAAAAGACAACGAUACUAUAUUUUCCAUGUCAGAGUUUAAGAAGUUCUCAUUAAUACAACAACAAAAAUUUUUAAAGAAUGCUAUCAGCAAUGUUUUUGAUUUCUCAAAAAAAGAUUUCAGUAAACAUUUUUCUGUGCUUUAUAAUAUAAAAUGCCAUGAAAACCAAGUAGGGGACGAAAAUAAUUUGAAAAUAUCCCAAAUCUUUGAUGCAAAUCAACAACAGUUCAUGAUGACUUUUGUAGACCCAAUAAAUAAACAUGAUAUAUGUUUCGUGUCCACUAUUCUCAAAGAAAAAAGCUGUAGUUCUACUGCUGUUAAAUAUUCAUUUUCGGGAAACUUACUUAAAGGUGGUAAUAUAGAACAGUUGAAUUAUCAACAGAAUAUGGUAGUUUUGGAUUUGCAAUUCUAUUCUCCAGAUUACAUGUCGGUUUUGUUAGAACAUCCAGAAAACCAUGAAAAUUCUGUGUUUAUUCAAUUGCCUUUAAAAAUAGCAUUGGAAAAUGCUCCAGACUUUAAUAUAAAAUCUAAGUCGUUUGUGUUUUCUGAAAAAUCCCUGGCUAAGGAUUUGUCUCUUUUAUUAUUAGAUCAAGAUGUUUAUAAAGUGUUAGAUAAAAUGCAUGGGUAUAGGAUUGCUGUUUCUGGUGGUCGUAAAGUAGCAGUAGUCUUGUCAAGAACUUGUAGGAAAGUGAGAGUGUUUGAGAUGGAAAUUGAUGGAGAAGAAGAAGAGGAAAUUCUUGAUAUAACGCAAAGAAGCAACAACAGUACAUGUGCCUCGGAUCAACAAAAUAUUACAAAUGAAGACCUUACUAUAUAAACAUAGAAAUUACAAAAAAAGUGUGUUUCAGAAUUAAA